GCAGGCGCUGCACAAAAAGGUUAGGGGAAUGAAAUAGUUUCACGGGCAGUUCAUUCUGUGAAUUGAUUUCGUUCCGAGGUCAAAAUUGUCAAAUUUGCCUGCCUUGCAAUGGCACCAAUGCUUGCUGCUUUGCAGGGAUGAAGCCUCUGACGCGGAAGGAGUGGACGGCCAUCGGCGGCUACAACGCGUUCCUGGCGACCAAGCUGCCGCCGGAGCACCGCAUCUACGACCCGGACAAGGAGACGGUCGACUCCGGCAUGUCGACGUUCCUCACGGCGUUCCCCAGGGGCUUCGCCAUCGAGGUGCUCGACGUGUACAGCGGCCCGCCAAGGGUCGCCUUCAAGUUCCGGCACUGGGGUUACAUGGAGGGGCCGUUCAAGGGGCACCCCCCACACGGCCAGCGCAUCGAGUUCUUUGGCGUCUGCAUUUUCCACGUAAGUUUGGCAGCUUGA